AGCAAGAAGGGAGUGGGAAGAGAGCAGGCGCUGCCGGGUGUGAGAGGCAGAGAGCGCAAUGGCCGGCUCAGGGCGGGCACUGCUGCUGCUUGCUGCUGCUGCUGCUGCUGCCAGGGCCCUCGGAGUCCAAAUAUAUGGGUCUGGCUGCCGAGGUGGGCGAGCAGCCGUGCAAGGACCACACCCAGUGCCAGAGCGGCUGCUGCACCCGGACCAGCAGCAACCCGGGGCUGUUCUGCUGGCCCAAGACCAUCUUCCUGCAGUGCGUGCCCUGGCGCAAGCCCCACGGCUACCUCUGCGACGGCCACAACGAAUGCCAGAGCCGCUGCUGCAUCCGACUGACCGAGAUCAGCCCCUACCGCUGCAUCCCCCGCACGGGCAUCCUGGCCCAGUGCCUGCCUCUGUGACGUGAACGCGAGCCUGUGUCCCGAAGGACCAGACCUGGGCCCCAG